UCACUCAAACAAUGUGAAAAAGCAGGAUUUUCUAUAUAUUUGUUUCAUUCAAAAAUUCUGUAAAAAGAGUUAACUGCUGUGGUGGUAUAUUUUAAUAAGGUUACCAAUAAGUAAAAGAUGUUUAAUAGUUGUCUUUUUCAUUACUGUACUGAAAAAAACUGAACCGUGACUUGUGUACCGAGGUACGUACCGAACCGAGAUUUUUGUGUACCGUUACACCCCUAAGGUCCACAGUAACUUAUUAUUAUUAUUAUCAUCAUCGGGUCUUAUAAGAGUGGACUAUAAUGAGUACUGGGCCAUCAAAUCACAGCAUCCGCGGUGAGAGGACACGGAAUUGUGUGCUCUUUUACGCACACGGGCCAAGGCGAUCACGGAUAUUUCAUGUGGGAAAGAUGUAGCCAGAUGUAUUACCUGUUUUAGAUACGUGGCUGUCUGUCUGUCCGUCCGUCCGUCCGUCCGUCGCAUGAGUCAUGUACACCACUUCACCACCGACCUGUGCGUAAAAGCGCCAACAGUCCCUCAAGGAGGGACAGCCAUAAGGCAGUGAAUGAGGAAAUAAUCGCCCGGGCUUGUAAUCGGACCGGCUUUUAAUAUGCAAAAUGGGGUCAAACCCCCGGCGGCUAUUAGGUGCCCGGCGGCUAUUUGCCACCGGGCGACUGUUUGGAAAUAUACGGUAAUUUUGUAAUCAGACCAAUUUAUGACUGCAAAUGACAUUUAUUUUCUUUAUCGGGUAGUUUGCCAACUAUUUUUCUGUUUAAUUGAUCAAACAUUUAGUCUAUAAAAGGUCAGGAAAAAAUUGUGAGAAACAACCAUCACAAUUCCCAGAUGACUCUGGUAGGGGUUGACCAAUUUUCUUGGCCAAUAUAGAUCAGAUGAUUAGUUAUCAAGCAGAACAAUGAACCAGUAGUAUACAUUUGCAGUAAAAAUUAAAAUCUUAGUGUCCAUAUUUAGAAUAAUUACUCCAUAUACUCCAUCACAACAUUUUGUUUACCAUCAAGCAUGUUUAAUGGAGUGCUGUAAAAGAGAAUUUUUCAACAUAAUCUUGAAGUAGGGGUAUGGACAUAAGUGUACACAUGACACAAAACUUUAUUUGAUCAUGAAACCCAACGUUACUUUACAGUUCUCUAGUUUUUCAGUGAAGUGUAUGAAUUUCACUGUCGGGCUGUCCACUUAAUCGAAAUAUUACCGAAAUCACAGUAUGGCCAAGUGCAAUAUCCAAAUCACAGAAGCUCUAAUGUUGUGAUAAAGAAAAAAAUGUGUCACAUCAUACCAUUAUAAAUGAAGCAUAGUGGUGCUACAGAGAUGCCCCAGCCUACAAAUCAUAUUUCAGACAAAAGAGAACAUGCUUAUUUGGUACAGACCCUGGAAUAAAUCACACCAUCAUCAUCAUCAUCAUCCUCUUUAUGUCCUUUUGUUUAGUGAAAUUCAAAUGCAAAGAAAACCUUCACACUUAAAUUGGUACUCAUUUCACAAUCGCAAUAUCUGUCAGAACAAUUGCAAUAUAAUGUGUUGUUUUUUUAACAUCAUGCAGCCCUACUACACUGCAAACUAGAGGUUGGAAUCACAGAGUAACUCAGGACCACAAUACAUUGCCCAUAAUGAUGGUAUCACAAUAUAGGCAUUUUGCGGCACUUGAUGCAUUACAGGACAAUUAUCUACAAUGCAUAAUGUUGUCUAUGUAUCCAAAAAAAAUUCCUUAAAAGGCAAAAAUCAAUCACUCAUUGUGGUGUCAGUUUCACAGAAUUUGACAACUGAGGUGAAACAGUGUACAAAAACAUACAUAGAGUCAUAGUUUAGUGCCUCUUAAACAUAAUGCUGCAAAACUCAUAAUCACUAUUAUUUAGGUAAGUCAUGAGAUCGUGAUUAUUUAACACAAUUACUCACUGAUGUCUUUUUACCAUUGGAUUUGUUGUUUUUAUUUUUUGAAAUGAAGUCGCUGGAGGGUCUGAAAAGUCACUAAAUCUAGAGAGAAAGGCACUAAGUUGGCAACACUGAGCACAAAUCUGUAAAGGAAAGGAGUACACUAGAUUAAUAACACAAGACACAAUGAGACCAUCAUUGCGUUAUUCAUAGUAUCUCUUUCUUGCAUAUCCCAUAGUCUUUAUCAAUUUUUUUGUUCCAUCUGUGUUGUAAAAGUCUGAGCAGGCCCAAUCUUUUGCCUUGAAGGUGAGAGUGCCUUUCUUAUUUGUUUUCCCCGGCUCUCCAACUCCACACUGUUUGCCAUUUUCCCCCUCUGAAUUUUUUCUUCACUGCAAGUAAGUUGACUUGUAUACACAUAACCAUCAUUCACUAUCAGCCAGCACAAGGUCAUGGAAUAGUGAAUCUGGCAAGACAAAUUGGCAGGGAAAUCUGUUUAGAGCACUGCAGGUUUAUAAAAAACAUCAAUUUUUGGUGCCAGUGUAUUGCAACGCAUCAUAAUGGAUUGCAAGAGAAAAUAACAGGACACACUGCUCAAAAAAAUAAAGGGAACACUUAAUCGUCACACUAUAGCACCAAGUCAGUUAAACUUCAGGGAUAUCAAUCUGUCCAUUUAGGAAGCACAAGUGAUUGCGAUUCAGUUUCACCUGCUUUGGUGCAAAUGAAAGGGACAACAGGUGCAAUGGAGAGGCAAAGCAAAACAAUCCUCCAAAAGGAAAUGGUUUUGCAUGUGGUGGCCACGGACAGUUGGUCUCUCUUUAUCCUUCUUGACUGAUUCUUCUCUAGUUUUGUGUUCUGCUAGUGUGCUUGUCACUUCUGGUAGUUUGCUGUGUUUCCAAGCACAGUCUCAAGAGCAUGGAGUAGAUAAUGGCUGUUACAUGACGAGACUUCAACAGGGCUCUAGAAGGGCAUAAGCCUACAGCAGGACCAGUAUCUGCUCCUUGGUGCAAAGAGGAACAGAAGGAGCACUGCCAGAGCCCUACAAAAUGACUUUCAGCAGGCUACUGGAGUGCAUGUUUCUGACCAGAACUGUCAGAAACAGACUCCAUGAGGGUGGCAUAAGGGGCCUGACUUCCUCUAGAGGGACCUGCGCUCCCAGCCAAGCACCAAGCAGAUUGGCAUUCGCCAGAGAACACCAGAAUUGGCAGGUCCGCCAUUGGCACUCCAUUCUCUUCACAAAUGAGAGCAGGUUCACACUGAAUACAUGUAACAGGCGUGAAAGAAUCUGGAGAUGCAGUGGUGAACAUUGUACUGCCUGUAACAUCAUCCAGCAUGACUGGUUUGGCAUUGGGUCAGUGAUGGUCUGGGGAGGUAUAUCCUUGGAGGGUCACACAGACCUCCAUGUCAUAGUCAACGGUAACCUGACUGCUGUUAGGUACCAGGCUGAAACCCUCCGAGCAAUUGUCAGACCUUGCAUUGGUGCAGUGGGCCCUGGGUUCCUCCAGGUGCAGGACAGUGCCUGGCCUCAUGUGGCCAGAGUGUGUAGGCAGUUCCUGGAUGAUAAAGGCAUUGAUGCCAUUGACUGGUCCUCUCGUUCCCCUGACCUACGUUCAAUUGAGCACCUAUGGGACAUUAUGUAUCGUGCAUCCGACGCUGCCAAGUACCACCACAGACUGUCCAGGAGCUCAUUGAUGCCCUGAUCCAGGUCUGGGAGGAGAUCCCAAGGACACCAUCCACCAACUUAUCUGGAGCAUGCCCAGACAUCGUCGGGAGUGCAUACAGGAUGGCUGAAGGAUAAGAUCCAAGACGUCACAUUCCCUCAACCCAAACUGACCCCACUUUCCCCUUUUUUUACUUUCAGCCUCCCCUUGUUUGACUCUUUGUUUCCUAUCUCAGCUCAUUUCCUUGUCUGUAUGGGAUUUCAUGGAAUGCAUGCAUUCCAUAGUAAGAACAUGUAAAUUAAUUUGAAAUUAGACAAUCCUCUCCUGACACCCUCCUGAGCAAACGACAGGAUGCCCCUCAAAUUUGAAAAAAUUACAGUGUGAUCGGAUAUCAACCUCCUGCCCAUCUGAGAUUGCCACCUCAGUCUGUUGGAUUCUCACUCUGGUUCCAUCACUUGUUCCCUACCUGCAGCCUUUUCCACAACCCAAUCUCUUUUCUAGUGUCAUUGGGCCAUGGUUCGCAAGAAAGGUUCCCUUAUACUAUGUGGUGCUUUCCUGUUUGUCGCCUGGAAUGCUUUGCUUCUUCUUUAUCUUUGGGGUCGUCCUCCCAUCGGCCGUCUUGGAGAAGGUGGUGGAGCUGAACCAGGAGGAAAGGAGGAGUGGGACGUGGGCAGAGGGAAAGGAGGCCAGGUCAACCUGGCUGGGGAGGUGAUUCGGCUGGCAGAGGAGGUUGAAAUUCAGCUCGAGACCCAGAAAAAGCUGCUGAAGCAGAUUGAAAGUCACAGGGCAGUGUGGGCUCGGCAGAAAGAUGUCGGGAAAAGAGAAACAGAGGAUACAAAAGAAGUCAAACAAGAGGUUGUCCACCAGCCGCAGAAGCCUCCACUUUCUCUUGGGGACAGUGUGGAUGAUAGGCACCAAACUCACGUGAAGCAUACACAGAAGCCUGUUCAUACAGUACCUACAGGCUCUAAGGUAGAACAGCACCAGGCCAUUGAAAUAAAGGAAGGGAUUGGUGAGAACCAUAAACUGGCUUCUGUUGCCAGCCCAGAGGUCAUUAUUCCCAUAUUAGUUAUUGCUUGUGACAGAGUGACGGUAAAACGGAGCCUCGACAGACUGAUACAGUACCGCCCCUCUCCAGAACUAUAUCCAAUCAUUGUCAGCCAGGACUGUGGCCACGCUGAGACAGCUCGUGUGAUUGGCUCAUAUGGAGAUCAAGUGACGCACAUAAGCCAACCGGACCUGUCAGACAUCAGAGUUCGGCCAGAGCACAGAAAAUUCCAGGGCUACUACAAAAUAUCCAGACAUUACCAGUGGGCACUUAACCAAGUGUUCAACACAUUCUCCCAGUCCACUGUGGUCAUAGUGGAGGAUGACUUGGAGGUGGCUCAGGACUUCUUUGAGUAUUUCCGAGCCCUGUACCCAAUCCUGCGUGCUGACCCCACCCUGUGGUGCGUUUCUGCAUGGAAUGACAACGGCAGAGAUGCCUUGGUGGAUCCAUCCAAAGCCGAGCUCCUCUACAGAACAGACUUCUUCCCUGGUCUGGGCUGGAUGCUACUGAAGGAGAUGUGGGAUGAACUGGAACCCAAAUGGCCCUCAGCCUUCUGGGACGACUGGAUGCGUCAGCCAGAGCAGCGCAAGGACCGCUCCUGCAUCCGGCCUGAAAUCUCCCGGACCAUCACCUUUGGCCGGAAAGGUGUCAGUUUAGGUCAAUUCUUUGACCAGUACCUUCGUUACAUUAAACUAAACACUGAAUUUGUGCCUUUUACCAAACAGGAUUUGUCUUAUCUGCUAAAAGAGAGGUAUGAUGAAAAGUUUAUAAAAGAGGUUUACAGUGCCCCACUGGUGAAGAUUGAGGACCUACAACAAGCGGGCAUCUUAAAAGGCCCUGGUCCCUACAGGGUGGAGUACUCAAGCCGGGACAGUUUUAAAAUCUUUGCUCGAAAUCUAGGGGUGAUGGACGACUUGAAAUCUGGAGUUCCUCGUACAGGCUACAGGGCCAUAGUCAGUUUCCUGUAUCGGGGUCGAAGGGUAUGCUUGGCUCCACCAGAGGGCUGGACGCAGUAUGACAUCAGCUGGAGCUGAGAGACUGAUCCAGACUGUACAAUGUGAAUGGUGUUGAAGAGGGGAAAGAGUCUUAUUCAGAGGAACACCCUCUCAGACCAAAGAAAAUCAGAAGACACAGUGGUUCAUGAAGGAACAAAAGCAACACAGAUGGGGCUGCACAUCAAUGGAGCUAGGGGAUCAGGGGUUCACCCAGGCCUCUUUGUUCAAAACGCUUCUAAAAUAGGGUGCUCAUUCAGGAUCAGCAAGUUCAACAGCCACACAGACUUCACAAAGAGUUUAAACUUUUAGCCACUCUUAAACACUGUUUCAAAACAGCUAUUGGCAAUGUGCCUUGCUUUCUGGGCCCACUUUGUUUGGUGUAUUUUUUAUUCCUGUGAAUUACUGGCCAAAUGUAGACUUAACAUACAUUCAGAUGUCUGCUGCAGCUGUAAAUGGAGUUUGGUAGCAGAAAAUCCUUUGAGUUAUCAACAGAAAGAGCAUGUUUCAGUGUUGGUGAUAAUAUAGUGAAGACCAAACACAAGAAGAGUGAUUAUCUGGAGGACUUCUGAGAAACAUAGUGUUAUGUGUAAAAUCUUGGGUCGUCUUUUUACAUUUAGUAAAGUUUUUGAAAGAAGCUGUUGAGAUUGAUCCAACUCUCCAGAUCUUGUUACUGUUGAAGUCUAUAAACUAAUGAGGAGCAGAUUUGUGUGCAGAGGAAAAGCCUCUACAAUGUUUAGGUGGUACACAAAGGCCAUGCCCAGUGCUGCAUUCAUUACAUGAAGUCAUAGCCCUGAUGGUUAAAAUAAAGACGAAAAGCUUCUUCAGCAAUUAUACAGAGAGAAGGAAAUGCAGAAGAAGCAGAGACAUUAACUUCUUAAAUUACAGUAGCCCUGAUCCAGGACCAACAAACUCUUAACUGGGACAUUUUAGUCCAGAGUAGCUCAUACAAUUUGUUACGGUAAUGUUGAAAAUACCAGAUCGUAAGACACCUAUAUGGUGUGGUCAAAUGGUGUCAGGUGGGUGUAAAACAACCAGAAACAUAAUCUGUACAAACCAUGCAGCAUUUCUUUGUCACUCAUCUCUGGAGUGCUGAAAACAGCUGUUUUAUUCAGUGCUAUUGCUGUAAUAUAGUAAAAGUAAUAAAGUACAACUUAUUUUUAGUGAUUCUCAAAGACAAAGGUCAAAAAGUGCUUUACAAGGGCAACAUGCAACUUACAAGAAAGACAACGUAGCAGAUAAAGUGACUACUCCCCCUCAUCAACAACAACGCAGCGGUAUUAAAAUAGACAUAAAAUAAAUUAAAAUAAGUCCAGAGGGUGUCUGCUAUUGUCCAUUAUGGCUUUCAGUUUGUUCAAUGUGCCCCUUACCACCACAGUUCUUAGUGGGUCCAGUCUCCUGCCGAGCACUGAGCCAGCUUUUUUAACCAACUUGUCCAAUCGCUUGGUGUUUUUGUCAAGCAGCCUCCCCAGCACACUGCAGCGCAGAAGAGUGCACUGGCCACCAUUGUGUGAUAGAACAUGGUCAACAUCUCCACACAUACAUCAAAGGACCUCAGUGUCCACAGGAAGAACGUGCAGCUCUGCCCCCUCCUGUGGAGGGUGUUGGUGUUAGAAGACCAGACCAGCUUCUCAAUCAAGAGGACCCCCAGAUAUAUGUAGGUGUCCACCACCUCAAUGUCCUCCCCCUGUAUGGAGACUGGCUGAUGGGAUGACCUCUUCCUUCUGAAAUCCACCACCAUCUCCUUGGUUUGGCUGUGUUCAGAUGGAGACAGCACUUACUGCACCAGUCCUUGAAGGCAUCCACAAGGUCACUGUACUCCUGCUCCUGAUAUAAGCCACAAUAACUGUGUCAUCAGAGUAUUUUUGUAUGUGGUAGGACUCUGAGUUGAGUGCAAACAGGAACAGUGCUAAAACAGUUCCCUGUGGAGCACCCGUGCUGCUCCUGACCAUCCCAGAGACACAGCUUCCAAGCUUGGCAUACUGCACGCAGUGUCCUAAGCUUCGCCCUCACCUCGUCUGCUGUAAAGGACAGUGGUAGUUGGUCGUGGGUGGUAGGCUACUUCCAGGUGACAGCGGAGCAGGAACAGCAGCAGCAGGUGACAGGUGUGAAAGGGGGGAUGAAUGCAGUGAUAGGGUGAACACUUCACCAUCCAUAACCUGGCAAUUCUUCUUCGAAUAGCCUGUCAGGUUCCUCUUUCUCUUCCACAUCUGUCUGAUGUUCUGCUGCAGCUUACUCUCCACCUCUCUUUUGUAGUCCACCUUUGCCUGUCUCAGUUCCUCCUUGAGCUCAUACUGAAGCUCCCUGAGCCUCUCCUUGUCCCCCUUCUUGAACGCCAACUUUUUCUGGUUGAGGAGUGUAUACAUUUUGCCAGACUGUCCACCCUCUUGUCCAUGUCCAUGUCAUUGUGGCUCCAGUACAGUCCAGUCUGUAAUUCAGAACAGUCCCUAAGAGACUCACUGGUCUCCGGGGACCACUUCCUGACUGAGUGGGUGUUAACAGGCCAACUUUAAUACAAAGGGUUUGUAUGUAGGCUGGGGAGAGACCAGAUUAUGAUCUGAUCUGCCAAGAGGUGGUAGGGUAGAGGCACUGUAGGCAUCCUUAGCAUUUCCAUAAAACAAUUCCAGUGUCUUAUUCUCCCUCAUAGGACAGUCCACAUACUGAACAAACCGAGUCAGAUUGGAGGAGAGAGUAGUCUUGUUGAAAUCUCCCGUUAUUGCAAUGAAUACAUUCGGGUGCUGGGUCUGAAUUCCAGCAACAAUUUUAUGCAUGACGUCACACGCCACUGCUGUUGCUGUGGAAUGUAAACAAUAAUGGCGACAAUGUGUGAAAACUCCUGUGGUACAUAAUACGGUCUAAUACUGACUGCCAACAGUUCAUUAUCCUGACAACAGAUCUUGUCCUCCACCGUGACAUGUCCAGGAUGACACCAUUUAUUGUUUACAAGGAUGAUCAAUCCCCCACCUCUGUUUUUGCCGCUCGCCUUUGUGUCCCUGUCCACUCGCACAGUAGAGAAGCAAGGUAGGUUCACACAGGAGUUAGGCAUGUUGUCAUUCAGCCAACUCUUCAUGAAACACAUGAGACUACACUCCCUGUAAAGUCGUCAGCUUCUCACCAGUGCCAGCAGCUCAUCACACUUGUUGUUGACAUUCCCCAUAAAGACCGACAGCAGGAAAGGCUUCUAUCUCCACCUCCUAGCCUUUGCCUUAGUUCCUGAACUCUGAACGGCUUCCUCAGCUCAGCCAGUAUGGGAUGUUUAACUCUUCUCAGAGCCAGAUGAUUGUCCUUUGUGUACACAACUUUACUCAUCUCGUUGGAAAGAUUAAUAAUCAUUAAAAAGAAAAACACACUCAAAUAUGACUCAAAAACAGUAUCAACACAAAACAAUCACCUGCAUCAGAGGACAUUAGAAUAUCAUUUGAAACUCUCAGAAGAGCAGUUUUAGUGGAGUGCUGUUUCUGAAACCCUGACUAAAACUUACUGUAGCCUCCCCAACACAGCUGUGGCCACAUCCUCCUCCAAAAAAUGUUGUUAAUUUUUCUUUAAUAUAGGCUGGAAGGUAAUAUAGCAUCUGUACUAGUGGUAGCACUGAGCACACAGUGCACUCCAGUUAAUGAGCAAGGAAGAUAUCUUGUGGCAUCUUUGACUAAACAUAGUUUGUAUCGACUGUAAUGGAAAAGACCUUUCUUUGUUGAGUAAUUGUGUGUCACUUAACGUCAGCCUAAUGACAUUUUCCCCCUAGUUUACAGAUAGCGUAGAAGAUUACCUACCUUCAGGUGAGUUUGUAUUUUUAACAUUCUUUGUAUAACACAUCUGGUCAUUGGAAUAAGCUUUAUUGGUCAAGUAUGUGUACACAUACAAGAAAUUUUGUAUGUGGUUGGUAUGGUUUUAAGUUGCUCUCAGUGUCCCUCCACACAGCUCCAAGAACAGUUUACAAGAAGAUGUUAACAACAAGGAUAACUAGAAGGCAACUAGUAGAGUGCAGACCACUGCCAAGGCCAAAUGCCUUAUAUUGCAGGGUUAAUGAAAUUUAAAAAAUAAUUUCUGUAUCUACUCUGUGAUUUGGAGCCACUCCAAAAUUUGAUGGGUUUUUCUUGUUUGGCCCAUGCUAUCAUGCUAUACCCUUCCAUCAAGUUUGCCUGUAGUUUUUCCCUAAUUCUGCUGACAAAAAAAAAAAAACCUACCCGAAACGGAAACCUAACAUCCUUGGUGGUUAGGUAAUGUACAUACAAGUAAGUAAGAACUUGUUCAUUGACUUGUUCCAGGAAAUAACAGCAGUGAUGGUGCAGUAAGAUGGUCCUGAAUCAUGGCUACACUUACAGUAGCUUCACUAGAGCAGGGCUUAAGGGAGAUCUGCUGUAUUACACAGGGAAAUUUAAACUUAUUAAGUAAUCAGUUCAGUAAAUUAAGUUGUUGUUGCCAGAAAGAAAGAACACCAAAAC